AGGUGUUUACAGACACAGGAUGCCUGGUGAUGGACUUGGGGAGGAGGAACCCCCAGCCCAAGGUGCUCAUCCCUUGCUUUUCCCCCCAAACCAGGAUUUGUCAUUCCCAAGGCGUGGCUGGAUGGAGGAGGAGGAAAAGCCCCGGAGAUGCCGCAGGAGGAGGGGCUGCAAACGCAGCCCAGAGAGAUCCAAGGAGGAAAGAGCCUCCCUGUGCCGGGAAGGCAGCCGGAGAUCCAGGGGGAGCUUGGAGGUGGGGGAGAAGCCUCAGGGUGGGGAGAAGCCCCACAAGUGCUUGGAAUGUGGGAUGGGCUUCAGGUGGAACUUCAGGCUGAGGGAACACCAGAGGAUCCACAGUGGGGAGAGGCCCUAUGAGUGUGGGGAAUGUGGGAAGAGCUUCAGCAGGAGCACCAACCUGAUCCAGCACCAGAGGAUCCACACUGGGGAGAGGCCCUACGAGUGUGGGGAAUGUGGGAAGGGCUUCACCAGCAGCUCCAACCUGAUCAAACACCAGGUGGUCCACACCUGGGAAGGGCCCUAUGAGUGCUUGGAUUGUUGGAAGAGCUUCUGGCACAGCUCCGAACUGAAGGUACACCAGCGCACCCACACUGGGGAGAGGCCCUACGAGUGUUCUGAGUGUGGGAAGAGGUUUCACACCAGCUCCAAUCUCCUUGUGCACCAGCGGAUUCACAGAGAGGAGAGGCCCUUCCGCUGCCCCGACUGCAGGAAGGGCUUCAAACACAACUCCAACCUUAUCAUCCACCGACGCAUCCACACUGGGGAGAGGCCCUACGAGUGUCCCAAGUGUGGGAAGAGCUUUUCCCAGAGCUCAAACUUGACCCAGCACCAACGGAGGCACCACUAAGGGAAGCCCUGCGAGUGUCCCAAGUGUGGGAAGAGCUUUGUGCACUGCUCCAGCUCCAUCCCCCGUGGGAGGA